AUGGAUAUGGGAGAUGUAUACCCGGAAGCCAAGAUAGUCGGUAUCGACCUGUCACCGAUUCAAAGUAACGCGGUUCCACCAAAUGUUCACUUUUACAUUGAAGACGCCGCACAAUCGUGGCAAUGGGAAGAACCCUUCGACUACGUUCACACCCGCGUUCUGCUCGGGUCAUUUGGCGAUUUCAAAAACGAAGUCAUACGGCAGGCCUUUGACUCUCUCCGCCCAGGCGGCUGGCUAGAGUCCCAAGAUUUCAACCUAGAGGCGACGAGCGAUGACAACACACUCGCCCCCGACUCACCUUUAUCUCGCUGGGUAGACGACAUGAACCUCGCCAGUGAGAUGAUCGCGCGCCCCUUGUCUAGAGCACACAUGCUGCGAGAGUGGUAUGAGGAGGUGGGCUUUGUGGAUGUCCACCAGCGCGUUUUCAAGAUCCCGAUCAACGGGUGGGCCAAGCACCCCAGGCACAAGCAUGUCGGGAGGCUGUGGGAGCAAAAUUUUCUAGAUGGUCUCAGCGGCUUCAGCAUGGCACUCUUUACACAAGUGUUGGAAAGACAGCAGGAAGAGGUGCAAUGUGUGGCAUAG